UAAAAAGAGGGUGUGUCAAUCUCUAUUUAAAAAGGUUUGUUUCCAUGUACUCUUCUCACAUCAGUCUCUUCUGUCCUCUCGACCUUCACAAGUUUUCAUACAACUUUGCCACCAUGUCAGGGCUCGUCCAAGCGAUGUCACUCCUCAAGGUUACCUUUGAGAAGUAUGCUGGAAAAGAUGGAAACAAACAAAGUUUGACCAAGGCAGAACUCUCUGAUCUGCUCCGUGCUGAGCUUCCUCAGGCAGGCACUUCAUCCAAAGCCGAAGUGGACAAAUUCUUCAGCAUGUUGGAUAAUGACAAGGACGGGGUCGUUGAUUUCAAGGAGUACGUCACUUUUGUGGCAGCCCUCACUGCAUUCUUCAUAAAACUUUGUCAACAAUGUUUUCUCCUUCCAGCCACCAUGUCAGGGGUCGUGCAAGCAAUGACACUCCUCAAGGCUACCUUUGACGAGUACGCUGGAAAAGACGGAGACGAAGACACUAUGACCAAGGCAGAACUCAGUGAAAUGCUCCGUAAUGAGCUUCCUGAGGGAGGACCCAAAGCUGAAGUGGACGAUUUCUUCAGCAUGUUGGAUAACGACAAGGACGGGGUCGUUGAUUUCAAAGAGUUCGUCAGUUUUGUGACAGCCCUCGCUGUGAUGUGCUGCAGCUAAAUAAAUACUUUGGCAACACUGCUUCAAGAUUUUCUUACCUAUUUUAAUUUCUACUAGUGGUCCAACUUGCA